GGUGAAUCAGAGCAUCCGCCUGCAGCGGCGCUUCACGGUGGCCCAUCCGCUGUGGUGAGGCGGGACAGAGGGCCUGGCGGGGUCACCGGGACGCCCGGUGCGGAGGUGGGAAGGGCAGGGACAGGGACAAGGGCAGGGACAGCUGAGGCCGGGGCCGGGGUCAGAGCAUGGACGCUCUGCGUCUCCCUCGCUUUCUCUGUAUCUUUCUCCCCCUAUUCCACUCUACUUCUGUCUUGCAGUUGGCGACUCUGUCCCUCUCUGUCUCUGUCUGUCUCCACCCGCUGCCUGAACAUAGGCCCAGGGGACCAGCCGUCUGUCCGCUUCCAGCUGUGCGGCCCAGAGUGGGACGGGCUGAGGCUCACGUCUCCUCCUGACCCUCGCUGGCCUGGGGCAGGCAGGCUGUGCGUCCGGGCAGUGGGAGGAGGGGGAAGGGGCACUCCUCCCCUUGGCGUUUCCUCCUGCCACCAUCCCGUCCCCGUGCCAGCAAAGAGAUGUCCUGGGGACCUCACAAGGAACCCUGGGUGAUCACAGAGGAAGACCUGAAUUGAUGGGGUUUUCGAGGCAGGGUGUUCGGGAGCCCCAGGCUGAGCGCGCGCCCGCUCCCCACAGCUGCUUGCGCUGUAUCUAUCCUCUAAGCACUCGGUGCACUCCUCUGGGUUCGAAUCCCCGCCUUUCCAGAAACGGCUGUGAACUCGUGGGGCGGGGUGCCGGCGAGGCUGGGGUUCGGAGUGGGGCUUGUGGGCGCCGACUGUGGCUGGCACCCUGCGCUCGGUCCGCGCCGAAUUGGCACCCACUUGCUUUGACCUGGAAAAUGGGCUCUCGAGUGGGAGGAGCGCCCUGGACCCUCAGUCCAGCCCUGGCCUGGGCCGGGUCGUGCAGGCUCCUGUCCACCACAGCCAGAGGCGCGAGUCCUUCCUGUACCGCUCAGAUAGCGACUAUGAUCUCUCACCCAAGGCCAUGUCGCGGAACUCCUCUGUGGCCAGCGACCUACAUGGAGAAGACAUGAUUGUGACGCCCUUUGCCCAGGUCCUGGCCAGUCUGCGGACGGUUCGGAGCAACGUGGCAGUCCUUGCCCACCAGCAAUGCCGAGGAGCCGCCAAGCAGGGACCCGUCGGAAACCUUUCAUCCAGCCAUCAGCCCCCUCCGCCUGCAGAGGACACGGGGCAGAAGCUGGCACUGGAGACGCUAGACGAGCUGGACUGGUGCUUGGAUCAGCUGGAGACUCUGCAGACCCGGCACUCGGUGGGGGAGAUGGCUUCCAACAAGUUCAAGCGGAUCCUGAACCGGGAGUUGACCCACCUGUCUGAAACCAGCCGCUCCGGGAACCAGGUGUCCGAGUACAUCUCCCAGACCUUCCUGGACCAGCAGACUGAGGUGGAGCUGCCCACGGUGACCGCCGAGGAGCCUCCGAAGCCCGUGUCCCAAAUCAGCGGCUUACAUGGGCUCUGCCAGAAUGCCAGCCUCUCCUCAGCCACCGUCCCACGCUUUGGGGUCCAGACUGAGCAGGAGGAGCAGCUGGCCAAGGAGCUAGAAGACACCAACAAGUGGGGACUUGACGUAUUCAAGGUGGCAGAGCUAAGUGGGAACCGGCCGCUCACAGCUAUCAUAUUCAGCAUUUUUCAGGAGCGGGACCUGCUGAAGACAUUCCAGAUUCCAGCAGACACACUGGCCACCUACCUGCUGUUGCUGGAGGGUCACUACCAUGCUGACGUGGCCUAUCACAACAGCCUCCACGCCGCCGACGUGGCCCAGUCCACGCACGUGCUGCUGGCUACACCCGCCCUCGAGGCUGUGUUCACAGACCUGGAAAUCCUGGCUGCCCUCUUUGCAAGCGCCAUCCACGAUGUGGAUCAUCCCGGGGUCUCUAACCAGUUUCUGAUUAACACCAACUCAGAGCUGGCGCUUAUGUACAACGACGCCUCGGUGCUAGAGAACCAUCACCUGGCUGUGGGCUUCAAGCUGCUGCAGGCAGAAAACUGCGACAUCUUCCAGAACCUCAGCACCAAGCAGCGGCUGAGUCUGCGCAGGAUGGUCAUUGACAUGGUGCUGGCCACGGACAUGUCCAAGCACAUGAACCUCCUGGCCGACCUCAAGACCAUGGUAGAGACGAAGAAGGUGACAAGCCUCGGCGUCCUCCUUCUGGACAACUAUCCGGAUCGCAUCCAGGUCUUGCAGAGCCUGGUGCACUGUGCCGACUUGAGCAACCCCACCAAGCCGCUGCCCCUGUACCGCCAGUGGACGGACCGCAUCAUGGCCGAGUUCUUCCAGCAGGGAGACCGCGAGCGUGAGUCGGGCCUGGACAUCAGCCCCAUGUGUGACAAGCACACGGCCUCAGUGGAGAAGUCCCAGGUGGGUUUCAUUGACUACAUUGCCCACCCACUGUGGGAGACUUGGGCUGACCUGGUCCACCCAGACGCACAGGACCUGCUGGGCACGCUGGAGGACAAUCGAGAAUGGUACCAGAGCAAGAUCCCCCGAAGCCCCUCCAGCCUCACCAACCCCGAGCAGGGCGGGCCUGACAGAUUCCAGUUUGGGCUGCCUCUGGAGGAGGCAGAGGAGGAGGAGGAGGAGGGGGAAGAGCCAGCUUUAGACAAAGAGGCCUUGGAGUUGUCUGACACUGAACUGCCCCCCGAAGCCAGCCCAGACCCUGGGGACCUACCCCUCGACAACCAGAGGACUUAGGGCCAGCCCUGCGUGAACCGUGAGGGCCGUGGGAUGGUGAAACCCUCUGACUUGCAAGCAGACUUUCCAGGAAGAUGCCCCAUGUGGUCCCUGCUUCACGUUCCCACCCAUUGAGGGAGACAAUCAAGCUCUUGGUUUUGAGGCAGCGCUCAGGAUCUAAUCGGAGGCACCUGGCUGGGGUCCACUCUGACCCCAGGCUUGCCUAAAAGAGCUCUCUAAGGGGCAGCCGCUUACAGUGCCCUUGGGGUCUUUCUCCCAGGCUUCUCUCCGUGGCGUGGAGAGGUGGUGUCUGCUAGAGCCUCUUGUCCACCCUCUCCCGUGGUCACACUUGAGCCAAUCUGUCAUUUAAUUCUUUCCUUCUUUAUCAAA